CCCGUUCAGACGUGUUUUAGACGAACACUUUAAAUGUGUUUUGAUUUAAAGUGUUCGUCACAAAAUACGAUAUCCAUAAAAAUUUGGAAAACCAUAACAGUUAUAAACAGUAAGAAUGGAGGAGGUGAAUCAUGGAAAUAAGAACGGGUCAAAAUCUGAAGAAGAAGAUAGCAAUGAAGUCGAUUUCGAUACAUUUUUGUCCAGCGCAGGAGAAUUCGGUCGCUACCAAUGGCUACUGUUUUUCUCUACGUUUCCCUUCUACAUUUUUGGUGGCUUCACAUAUUUCGGCCAGAUGUUUAUGACUGAAGCUGCCCCAAAUCAUUGGUGUUGGAUUCCAGAGCUUGCGAACCUGACUGUGGAAGAGCGAAGAAAUAUAGCAAUCCCAACUGAUUCAAAUGACCGAUUCGGAUAUUCCCAUUGUCAAGCAUACGUCGCGAACUGGAGUGAAGUUUUAAGUACUGGUCAGAAACCUAAUUCUUCCUGGCCCGUGGCAACUUGUGUGAAUGGUUGGGAAUUCAAUACAUCUGAGAUUCCCUAUCCAACUAUUUCAAGCGAGAUGGGAUGGGUAUGUGACAGGAGCAGCUACCAAGCUACAGCGCAGUCAUUCUUCUUCGUGGGAUCAAUUGUUGGGGGUUUCAUAGUGGGAUGGAUUGCUGACCGUUUCGGACGGCUGCCGGCUGCGACUUGUGCCAAUAUGAUUGCAUGUGUUGCAGGUAUUGGUAGUACCUUUUCAAGAAAUUUCAUUGAAUUCACCGUUUGCCGCUUUUUUGUUGGCAUGGGAUAUGACAACUGCAUGAUGAUGACUUAUCUCCUCGCCCUAGAGUAUGUGGCUCCGAAAUACCGUACAUUGAUGGCAAAUUUGCCUUUCGCGCUGUUUUUCACAUUGGGAUUGACUAUACUGCCAUGGAUUUCAUUGGCUUGCGGACAUUGGAAAGCUAUAGGAUUGGCAACUAGUGUCCCUUUGGCAUUGUCUCUCCUUGCCCCAUUUAUAAUGCCGGAAAGCCCGAGAUGGUUAUUGUCCAAAGGACGAGUGGAAGAUACUAUCGAUAAAGUCCUUUCGGUUGGACGAAUAAAUAAAAAACCGAUUCCGUCAAAAAUGGUGGAAAAAUUUAGAUUAUCAGCGACAAAAAAAGCAGACAAUACUGGAAGUGCGAGUGUGUUGCAGUUGUUAAAGAGUUCAGUUUUAAGAAAAAUGUUUAUUUGCAUAUGUUUGGUGUAUAUGUGCCUCAUGAUCAUAUUUGACGUAUCAGCAAGAAGUGUGGGACAGUUACAAUUUGACUUCUUUUUAUCUUUCACUCUUGUUUCAUUGACUGAGUUGCCGUCUUUGCUAAUAGUUUCGUUUGUUUUGGAUUACGCUGGUAGAAAGUGGAUGAUGAUUGGCGUGUGCCUUGUAUGCUGCAUGUUUUCAUUGUUUACACCAUUUCUAGCUGAUGGACUAAUUUCUGUGUUAUGCGCUAUGGUAGUAAGGUUUACUAUAAACAUAGCAUGUAACGCGACCAUGCAGUGGUCUGCUGAGGUGCUUCCAACGCCAGUACGUGGUUCAGGAUCAGCUAUAAUACAUAUAUGUGGAUACGUAGCCACAGUAAUAUCGCCCUUCAUUGCAUAUCUUCAAGUUGUCGCGUACUAUCUUCCUUUGACAAUUUGUGCAUGCGUUGCAAUAUUGGCCAUACUCCUAGCACUCAACUUACCAGAGACAGCCAAGCAGGAUCUGCCUCAAACAUUUGAAGAUACCGAAAAUAUGAUCAAAUCGCAGCCUUUCUGGGAUUUUCCACGUAGAAAGAAAGAAAAUAAAGAAAGUUCGUAUGUCAAUAGGUCAUUCGAGCUUGACUAGGUCUAGGGAUAGUCUGUAGGUAAUAAUUUUCGCCAAUUUAAGUGCGUUCUAAUGAGGUUCCACCAGUGUGCGAAACGAUGACCACUUCCAAACUUUUUAAAUGUUUGGUGAUAUAAUUACCGUGGAAAUGGGCUGGUGGUCUUGUUCAUGUAUUUUAAUGGUAAUUUAUAUCUCUAAAAAAAGGAUAGAUCUUCACAGCUAUAUUUUGGUUUGACAUGGCAACAUUUUGUGAAACUUAUACACAUAAUGAAGCUAUUAUGAUUGAACCACACAGAGAUAAGUCCUUUGUUAAGAUAAUAUUCUAUGGUGUAAUUUAAAAGAUGUUGGCAAUAUUGUUUUUUUAAUAAUGCUAGUAAAAAUUUGCUGAGCGUAACGAUUUCAAAAUGCGAAUUUGUUAGUAAACUUUUUUUUAAACAUCAUCAUU